UGCGCGUCUACACACAGACACAUCGAAGAAGACGAGAGGAAUCUUUUACCAAUUUUUUUUGUUGUCAUGUUUGGUUUUUAUUUCAAUCGUUAUACGUCGCGGUAUAAUAAUCGCGAAUAAUAUCGACUUCAAGACUAAGAGAGACGUUUGAAACCGGCGGAUCGAGUUAAUGUAAUAAUCUGUUAAAUAGAUAAAUUGAUGGUAAAUAAUGGCAGAAGGUGGCAGUAAUUUGAGUAGUCUUCCUCCGGGAGACCCACAGCUAAUCGCACUUAUAGUGGACCAUCUGAAGAGCAGAGGACUGUUUGAUGACUUCAGACGAGACUGUCUAGCAGACGUGGACACGAAGCCAGCCUAUCAGAAUCUAAGACAGAAGGUGGACAACUUUGUGUCUAGUCAUCUCAGUUCACAAGAAUGGAGUCCGUCCAUCAACAAAAACCAAGUGAGGAACGUGCUGAGACAGAGUGUAGUUCAGUCAGGGAUGUUGGAGUCAGGUGUGGACCGGAUCAUUACCCAGGUGGUGGACCCUAAACUGAACCAUAUCUUCAGGCCUCACAUUGAGACAGCAAUUCAUGAUUUAUUAUCCGCCGAGAAAAAAGAAGAUGGGCCGUCAAAUUCAACCCCUGAAGCAGAGCCACAGGACACAGCGGUCAGCGCUGCACCUAAAACACAAGCAGUCUGCUCUGCAAAGGACAUUGGGGGCUAUGGGUGGUGCAUAGCCGACCCAUACACUCUCUCCUUUGUUGCCAUGACUGGACGUCUGAAGAACCCAACCAGAACGCAGGACAGCGGUCCCACUGAAAUUGUUUCAGAGGCUCCUGGGGCAUAUGGCUGCUGCGGUGGCAAUAUCUCCACUCGGGCUGCCCUAUAUGAGACCGCUUCAGCAGUAGCUUUAUGGCCAAGUCCCGAGAUGGACGUGGUGCAACAGCCCUUGUCGCCAAACCUUCAUUUCUUUGGGCAGAAGCAUCUGAGGUUGAUUUACGCUAUUCACAUCCUGGGCACGCUUAACCAUGUGCCUGAUGAGUUGUCAUGGGCAGCACAUCCAGGAGAGUGGCGCCUUUACCCCCAGGCAGUCCAGCUGAUUUGGAGACAGUUCAGGGCAGCACAGGUAGACUUGUUUGCAUCGACAGAAACCUCUCACUGCCACAUAUUUUACUCUCUGACCAAUGGAACACUCUGUACAGAUGUGCUGGCACACAGCUUACCCCGGGGUCUUUGCAAAUAUGCUUUCCCCAGUGAGCCUGCUCGCACAGACAUUGUGCAAAGUCAGCGAAGAUGGGGAGCGCGUUCUACUAGUGGCACUUCACUGGCCCAUCAGGACGUGAUUCACAGAACUCCUGCUCCUUGCAAGGGGCCGGAUUAUCCAAUGGGCAUUGUGGGGCCCAAACGCAUGGUUGCUGUUGUGUCGGUGACUGUGAUUGGUCAACACCUGCUCACCUCCUUCAUCCAAACUGACAAGAGUUGGAGGAAACACAGGCAGCAUCCAUUCGCCCGAUCUCACUGCGGAUCUCUCACUGCAUAUACAACACGGUCUCUCUCUGGUCAUUGCAGAGUGAUCAAACGGAUCCCAGCGUCAUCAUCAUCGCGAGAAAUGCGUGUUAAAUGUACUAUCGUCGCGUUUUUGUUCAUGUUAGCGGUGCGGCAGAUAGACGCGAGUGAUUCAAGCAACGCUCAUGAUAGCUCACUGGAGAGAUCAGUGAAUAUUCAGAAGAGAAGAUUGUCUCUGCAAAACACAGCAGAAAUACAGCACUGUUUGGUGAAUGCCGGUGAUGUGGGUUGUGGGAUGUUCGAGUGCUUCAACAACAACUCCUGCGAGAUCCGUGGACUUCAUGACAUCUGCAUGACGUUCCUCCACAAUGCAGGCAAAUUUGACUCUCAGGGAAAAUCAUUUAUCAAAGAUGCACUGAAGUGCAUGGCCCACGGACUGCGUCACAAGUUCAGCUGCGUCAGCCGCAAGUGUCCGGACGUAAAACAAAUGGUGUUUCAGCUUCAGCGUGAAUGUUACGUCAAGCACAACCUUUGCUCGGCCGUGAGGGAGAACGUCAACGUCAUGGUGGAGAUGAUCCACUUCAAAGACCUGUUUCCUAGAGGGCCCCAUGUAGAGUUGGUGAACAUCCUGUUGGGCUGUGGUGAGGAGGUGCGCGUCGCCAUCGGCCGCCGAAUACGAACUCAGUGCGAGCAGAACUGGGGAGCUCUGUGCGGGAGUCUGAGUAUCUGUGGCCUCGAAAAGGUAGAGCACCACGCCGGUUCCACCCUCGCACCCUCCGCCACCACCCCUUUGGGGCACAACACAACUCCACCGGGACCUAAUGCCAAUUCCCUUCCAUCUCCGUCACGGGCCUUUCCUGAAGCUGAUAAGGAAUCGGUUUGGGCGCUUACAGGAGAAGAUACAGAUGAACGUCACAGUCAGUUCUCAGGUCCUCACGCACAAGACAACAUCUCUGAUGCUGAUAAACAGCUGAAGAGAUUUUUAAAUGCCACCAAAAGGAGGUGAAUAGAGAAGGGGGGAAGGUGCCUUUAGCCCACACAUAUAAAAGGCUUGUUCGAUGGUCGAAUCUCUGUUUCUGCUUCCUUAAGGACAUACAGUAUAAGCUGCAGUCUUCAGUGACAACAGACUUGUUAUGGUUUUGCCACACAAGUUUUCAUUUGUUUUGUAGGUCAUUUUGAGCAAACAUAGACAGUACAACAAUAUUUGACAGGAGUCGUCCCAAAAUGUUGCAAUAUGUUUUACCCUUUGUAGGUGUAUUGGUAGAUUGUGUACAAAGUGCAUUCCUAAGACUGCAGAGAUUUCAGUCUGUCAGGCUGUGAUUCAAAAUAGCAUUAUACGUUUUAGUGAUUACAUCAUUCCAUAAGCUUAUUUGUUUGACUAUUUGGGCAAAUCUAACGUAAACAUGUUCAUAUUUCACCCCAAAAUCAACACAAUAAACUGUAUAUAGUGUUUUGUGACGUUUUAUUAGAAUAAGUGUACUUAUUUUUAAAUUGUCAUCACUGCCGUAAUGCAGCUUGAUGAAGUUUCCUUGUGAGGUAUCUGUGAUUCAGAUAAUUUAAUGUUUAUUCUCAUUGCUGUGAUAAUAAUUUUUUGGUAUUAUUUUGGUCAUUUCAACAUUAUGGUAAUGACAUUGUGGGAGGAAGAUGUGCUGUAACAUCAUAAAUAAUAUUCCAAUGUACAAUAUCUUAUUGACCCUAAAAUAGCCAUCUUCCUUUAGAUUUUGGGGUAAAAUAUGACCAAACAUUAAUUGCUUUCACUGGAUUUGGCUAUAUAUAGCACAUACGAGGUACAUCAGGAUAUAUAAGCUCUUAUAUGCCACGUUUCAUACAGCAGAGCGAUAUGCCUCAAUGACAUAUGCGGUUGUUAUGAAUGCAGUGUGACAUAUAAUGUAAUAUCAUAUUUUUUCAUUAGCCAGUUUUCAUACAUGAUAUAAAAAUAAACUAAUGCCUUCCUAGAUAGAGUCAAAUACACAAACAUUUUAAUAUGCAGAGCAAUGAUUUUGGACCUACCUCAUCUCUUUAACCUGCACAUAUGCUGUGGAAUAUAUUGCAUAACAAAAUGUGUCCCGUAUUUUCGUACCCACUCCCCUCUGCAGUAUGUGUCUUGAUAUUUUACUUUUUUAUUUAAAUGUUGAAGUUAUGCAUGACAUUUAUUUUGUUGACUUUUAUUUUGAAGUCAGGUUUAUUACAGCCACUAUACAGUGCUGUUACGUUGUGCUAUUUAUUUUAUUUUUAUUUUAAUGUAACAUUUUUUAUUUUAUUUUGGAUCUGUAACAAAUUCAAUUGUAUUCACAAGAAAUUAAACUUUUUCCAUAAUGAAACUUA